AUGGCUGCUCGAGGACGUUUGCAAGGCAAGAAUGCCAUUAUCACCGGUGCUGCAGGCGGUAUCGGCCUCGAAACUAGCAUUCUUUUUGCUCGCGAAGGAGCAUCCGUCUUAAUGGCAGAUAUUUCGGAGCAAGCUCUCGAGAAGGCUCUUGCUAGAGUUAAGGCAGCUGUCUCCAAUGCUCCAAGGAUUGAGACAGUCAAGUGCGACGUUUCCAAAGAAUCAGAUAUUCAAGCUAUGGUAGACAGCUUAGAUUCGUGGGGUGGUCUAGAUAUUAUUUUCAACAACGCUGGCAUCAUGCAUGCGGAUGAUGCCGAUGCUGUGGAUACACCAGAGAAGAUCUGGGAUUUGACACAGAAUAUCAACGUCAAGGGCGUGUGGUAUGGAUCCAAGCAUGCUGUUCUCAGCAUGAGGAGAAACAAGAAGACCAAGGGUAGCAUCAUCAACACCGCAAGUGUCGUCGCUCUAGUGGGAAGUGCGACCCCACAACUUGCAUACACAGCAAGUAAAGGUGCCGUUUUGGCUAUGACCAGGGAGUUGGCCAUUGUUCAUGCCCGCGAGGGAUUCAGAUUUAACUCGCUGUGCCCAGCUCCUUUGAAUACUCCCCUUCUUCAGGACUGGCUAGGCGAUGAUGCCCAUAAGCGUAUGAGACGUGAAAUCCACUUCCCCUCUGGCCGCUUUGGCGAAGCUGUUGAGCAGGCCCAAGCUGUUCUCUUCCUUGCCAGCGAUGAGAGCAGCUUCGUCAAUGGAUCUGACUUUGUGGUUGAUGGUGGCAUGACAAAGGCAAGCAGUGCAUUCCAAUUACUUUCCCCCCAUAGCUGCUAA